AUUGGCAAGACUGGGUAGUGGACAGCAGGAGGCGUUUCACGGAUUUCGACGCGGGGAUCUCAGUCACUCUGUGUUAGACGGUCUGGUGGGGGGAGUGUGGGUCAGGGAGUGGUGGUCUCUCACCUGAGGAGCAGGCGCAGGUGUUGGGGCGAACAGGGUUGUCCACAGAAUUGAUAUCUGUCGUUGGCUGUCUAGUUGAAGUACUUGGACUCGUGGCGUCCAGCAACAGGACGGGAGAGACACACGCGCGGAGCCCCCCUCCCGGGAGGGCACUCGGGGAAACGGAGAUGGAUGGGUUAGCGGUGGAGGUGCGCGGCUCUAAUGGGGCCUUUUAUAAGGGUUUUGUUAAAGAUGUCCAGGACGAUACCGUCACUAUUGCUUUUGAAAACAACUGGCAGCCUGAAAGACAGAUUCCCUUCAGUGAUGUUCGAUUACCACCUCCUGCAGAUUAUCAAAAAGACAUCACAGAAGGAGAUGAAGUGGAGGUUUUCUCCAGAGCAAAUGAACAUGAGCCAUGUGGAUGGUGGUUAGCAAGAGUCCGCAUGAUGAAAGGCGAUAUUUUCUUGGAGAUUGAAUGGUCUCCGUGCCCAUCGGGAGCUUCCGGGUUUACAGGCGGUGACAAUGGUGAUUUCACAAAGCUUGUUGGCCAGCUUGCCCAGUUAGUUGAACUUCUGACUCCGAUUUGUUACUCGUUAGUGAUGCACAGUUCCUUGCUUCCUGGGAAUCGGCAAGCGUUUGUUCAGAUGAAUAUGGCAUCAACGCAAGGCUCCAGAUUACUUUUAAGUAACUCUGGUAGUACUAAGGAGCCUAACGAGUUGAGUAGUGGAAGUUGUUUGAAUGAUGCAGUACACAAAGACUUCAAGAAAGCCAUAGGAGCAGAUUGUAUAUCCCUAAACCCAAGCAGCAAUGAACUGAUUAUACUGUCAACAAAUGAAACAACAGUAAAAAGAGCCACACUACUGAGUGACAUGCACUUCCGCAGUAUUCGAACCAAACUUAUGCUAAUAAUUCGAAAUGAAGAGGCAACUAAACACUUGGAGACAAGUAAGCAGCUGGCAGCAGCAUUCCAAGAGGAAUUCAGUGUACGAGAGGAUUUGAUGGGCUUGGCAAUCGGCACACAUGGAGUAAACAUUCAGCAGGCACGGAAAGUUCCUGGUGUAACUGCCAUUGAACUAGAAGAAGAGACAUGCACUUUCAGAAUCUAUGGAGAGUCACCAGAAGCUGUAAAACAGGCAAGAGGCUAUUUGGAAUUCUCUGAAGAUUCUGUACAGGUGCCGAGGAAUCUAGUUGGUAAAGUAAUCGGCAAGAAUGGGAAAGUGAUUCAGGAAAUUGUGGAUAAAUCUGGAGUAGUCAGAGUGCGUGUGGAAGGAGAUAAUGAUAAAAAGAUUCCCAGAGAGGAGGGUAUGGUACCCUUCAUUUUUGUUGGUACAAAAGAAAAUAUCAGUAACGCCCAAGCACUACUGGAAUAUCACCUCUCGUACUUACAGGAAGUGGAACAGUUACGAAUGGAGAGAUUGCAGAUUGAUGAACAGCUAAGGCAGAUUGGUAUGGGCUUCCGUCCUCUCUCUGCUCGAACAGACAAGGAGCGUGGCUACCUCACUGAUGAAAGUACCUCCUCACUGCAUGGUACCCGCUCAUAUGGUGGACGAGGUCGUGGCCGUAGAGGUCCCAAUUCUGGCUCAGGAUAUGGUACCAACUCUGAGCUAUCCAAUGCUUCUGAAACGGAGUCCGAGAAGAGGGAUGAGCAAAGAGAGGAUUCAAGGCAACGCUCUGAAGAGACUCGCAGACGUGGUGGUUUGGGCCGAGGACGUGGUGGCCCUUCAGGCCGUGGACGAGGGGCAGGAAAAGUUGGAAAUUCGUCUAUCAGUUCAGUACUUAAAGAUCCAGACAGUAAUCCAUAUAGUCUGCUGGACAACACUGAAACUGACCAGACUGCUGACACAGAUGCUAGUGAGUCACAGCCAAACACUAAUCGCCGCCGUAGGUCCCGUCGACGACGCACUGAUGAGGAUUCCACCAUGAUGGAUGGGGCUGUGGAGUCGGACAGCAUGAGUGUCAAUGAAAAUGGUGUAGAGGAUGGUGAUUCCAAGCCCCAGCGACGUAACCGCAGUCGUAGACGCCGUAACCGUGGCAACAGGGGGAAUGGGUCCAUUAGUCGAGAUCGUCAGCCAGUAACAGUGGCUGAUUAUAUAUCCCGUGCUGAGUCCCAGAGCCGCCAGCGUGCCCCACAGAAAGAAAAGCAGGACAAGUCAGAGGAGGCAAAUGAACCUGAGCAAGUGCAGGUAAAAAGUAAAACCACUGUGGCCAAUGGACCAUCAAAAGUAAACGGAGAACACAAUAAUGAGAAGGACGAACAGGGCGAGCCGGCCACUAUGGUGAAUGGAGUUGUGUAACAGCAUUCAGUCACCCUCUUUCACCGUUGAAUAUCUGUCCUGCUUGCAUCAUGUUAAAAAUUCUAAUAGUGCUCGUUUAAAGCUUGCCAAAGAUAGGAAAAUCCAGCGACAACUACUCUCUUCUACUGCAUAAACGACUACCAGACCUGACAACGCACUUACCCAUCCUGAAAGGGGUUCCUGUGCACCGGCGCAGAUGCUUCCUCAGGAGGUGUUCUUGCGAUUCUAUUAUCCAUGUCUGUUUUUGACAUUAAAUAAAAGUUUGAAAAAAGUGUAAAAGGAAAAAGUACUCAUUAAAACAAAAAAUGUUGUGCCUUCUUAUAGCGUACAAAAACAGUGGGGAUUAAUUUUGUUUUCUUGGGGGGCAGCAGUCUUUGGAGAAGUUGGGAUUUAUUUAAAAAGAAAAGGUUUAGGAGACUGAAUGUGAAGGUGGAAGGUUCAGUGUGUCUGAAACGAGGAGUGUUAAGUUUUUGUCUAGGAAACCUAAGUAUGCAACCACUUUUCAAAACUGAAAAAGUAUAUAUAUUGACAGAAAUCUUGCACUGACUGUAAAAAAAAAAUAAAUAAACUGCGAGUAAAGCAUUAUCAGGCAAUAUUUGAAGUACAGAACACUUGAAAUGGGGAAAGAGAAGAGAGGGUGCGAGGAAGCAUGGAGUUAGAAGAAAGACCAGGGGAGGUGCAGCUGUUUGGCACAAAAUACAGGUGCAUUCCCAGAAAGUUCAGUGGGAACAGAGUGGUUCUGUGAGGGUUAUUUAUUUUCACUGUACAGUAUUUAAAAAUAAAGCUCAAGCUCAACUGUUCAUGUUACACUAAAAUAAAACAGAAAAUAAAGAAAUGGAGUAUCUUAUUUUUUUUUUCUCCCCAAGAUGGUUGGUGAAGUAAGAGUAUCUCAGCUUAGUAGGUCUUAUUUCACACGUAACUUGAUAUUGCAUUUGGAUCAGUUAAUUAAACGCAUGUAGCCACCACAUGCACAAAGAGAAAUGUAAUUUUCAUUCUCCUCCAAAUUGUUUAUUUGCAUUUAAAAUGUUAGUGCACUGUGUGCAGUUAUUUUUCUUUAGUUCUCUGAAAGCAAAUUGCUGCUAACUGCGUAAGGGACCUCCAGACUUCAAGUCCUAAUGCUGUGAAUAAUGUGGGUAUUUGUUUACAGGGAAAAAAAAUUGUAAACUGAGUAAAGAUAGCAAGGGAUUGUGGAUGGAGACAGUUUAUGAUGAUGAUCACUGUGUCAAGGUAUGUGGUUUUGGGGUCUUGCUUAGCCUUUGAAAGUCUUGCUCAUUGAGAGGGUUAAAAACACAUUUUUGUCAGCUCGUACUUUUUUUCUCUCAUACAUACUGUGAGAAGUAGCUGGUUAUGACCUGGGGCAUUCUGUGUAAGUUGAAUAUUAUUGCAGGUGCUGCUCUGCUGUCAUAUGAACAGACUGUAUCCCCUCCCCAGGAAUGUCCUUCUGUCUGGCUUGUGGUCAGCACCAUCAGUAGUAUCAUUCAGAUUGUGUUGGCAGCAGCAAAAGGUUUAAGUGUUUCUCAGUCACUUUGGUUGUGAAUAGAAUGUUUGACAAGGUUGUUCAAUUCAGUACAGUACUGUGGAUACAGGGACAAAAGAUGAAACUGUCUGCUCUUUAAGUCACAACUAUGCAUUGCUUUGUCAUAUCUUAAAUUUGUUCAGAGAUGCAUCUUUUUGGGUCCUUUUCCGGUUCAGUGUUUGAAUCCUAGUGAAGUUACUGCUGCUGCUUUGCUGUCAGUAGUUCACACUUAAGUCAUAUGAUUAAGAAAGUGCAAGCAGGAAUCUGUGUUGUACUUCGUAGAGCAGGUUCCCUCCCAUUCCAUUUGGGAAAUGCACAGAGCCAAGUUUCAGAUGAUCACUUUACAAAAGAGGGAGGGGGCAAAUUGAGUGAAAUCCAUGCAGAAGUGGUGAUGAAACUAAUGUUUUGAAGCUCAAGAUGGUAGUGACUGCAGCAUCUGCUAUGAAAGCAUAGGCAGUUAUUGGCAGCAGGUGAAGUGUAAUGAACUCUGUGCCUUGCUGACUAUCAAGGUGAAUGUCACUUGCAAGGCACCAUGUAUAACAGCAGGCCUACCGGUUAAGUUCUCAUGCCAAGUCAUAAUGUGGUGGACGAGCAUGGUCAACUUUGCUGAAGGUUAGUGACCUGAGCUUGCUUACUGCCUUAAGUGUAUUUUACAUGGGUCAGUUUUCUUGAAUAGCUUGCAUACAGACUUAAAUUUCUAGUUCAUAAUGUUGAUACCCCCCCCCCACCCCCAUACUGAGAAAUUGGUAAUUAGUAUAAGCUGAGUGUUAUAUCUGACCACAAAGCAGUUCUGUCCUAAUCUUUUGAAGAAAACAAUUGGGGAAGAAUGUUUUACCUGGCAGAGACCUGUGGUCAGAUUGGAUUAGGUUUUUUUUUAUGGUGAGUUUGAUCUCUCGAGAACUCAUUGGGUGGUGGAAUGUACUGUUGUAUAUCUGAGCUCUGAGCAUGUGAUCAGGUGUAUUGAGCUGAAAGCUGGAGAAGGGUGUGAUUUGAACUGUGUAGUUGAAGCUUUUGGUUCUGGAAAGAGGUAAGAUGGUAUUUUACCAUGUAUUCUGCAAAGGAUGUUGGGAAGCCAGGUAGCAUUUUAAGAGUGUUCUGUUUUUAGUAAUAUAAACAUAAUAGGUAUGAAUUUCCCUAUUUGAAAUGAUCUUGUGGCAGUCUUCUUUCAGCCUUAGCUGUCCAGUUUUUGAUCUGGUACAGACAAUAUUAUCUGGGGCUGAUAUAGUUUUUUGAUUCCUACCUUGAACAAACUGCAGCAUUUGUCCCUUAAGUCAUACAUAUGCAGCCCAAAUAUACCAUAAGUGCCAUAUUAUUUUAAUCCACCCCAGCAUCUUUGGGGGGAGGAGAACAAAUGAAUUAAUCAGACCUACACUUGUCUUAUGCACGAUCCUGGUUUGAAUAGUUGAGAGUUUCGUAAAUACAAGCACGGGCAAAAGUCCCAGUUCAAAACUGUCAGUAUGGGGUUCCCCAUCAUCAUUGUGUAUGUCUGUUUUUCAAAAAAAGUUUUUUUUUUUCUUGGUUGAUGUGCAAUAUAUGUUUUUGUAUGCAAGUAGAUUAUCAAAUAAAGUUUGAUCUUCCAGCUGA